AUAUCUGGCAUGUCUUAGGAAUUUUUUAGUGGUUUAACCAAUUAGUAUUGACCAAUUGGCAACGCGGGCAAUCAGGUGUCACUCGAAUUGCGUUUUUUUCGUCAAUUUAAAAAAAUGUAACAUAACCUCCGAAAAACGACUUGUACUUAAAAGAAUGUGGCCCCUCAUAGUAAGAUCUUUGGGCAAAUUUGGUAAAUAUAUUACACUUCCUUUCGUGGGUAUUAUUGGAUUUGUUGGAUAUAAUGUUGAGGGAUGGAUAUCUGAUCGGUAUACACCACCCACAAAACCUAUCACGCAACAACGGCAGGAGAGGUUAUUGGAAAAUAUAGAUUCUUCAACUACCAAGAAACAUAAUCCUUUAGAAGUCAAUCUUUCACCAUCGUUAUCUAGUUAGAUGUAUCCGCUAAUUGUUUUCAUAUAAUAUGAAAGAUAAUUACAAUUAUAAAGUCUGAAUAAAUUG